AUUUUGAAUCAGCUCCUCGUGCUGAUCACGCCUCCACUGUAAAAUAACGAGCUGAGCUUUCAGGGCGGGGCAGAGGGCGACCAUGGCGCAAGGAUUAGGUGCAGCGCAAUUGAAGUGCUGAUGCAGGCACACAACUGAUCAGUGGUUCCCCUGGCACCCUGCACAGUCCUCGCAGGCUUGCACCGGCAAUCAGGGCGGCGCCCGGUUCAGACAGCGCCUGAAUUGGGCAACAGCCUACGAGAAUUCCCUGUGAAGCCCAGCUUGGGUGUGUUGUGUUUCUUUCCAAGCUGGGCUUACAUUCUACCCUACUCUUCUAUAUUCUACUUUAGUCCCGUAGGUCGAGAAUAGAAAGCAAACAAGCAAAGACGCAAUUGUCAAUGGAAGCCAGUUUUUGAGAUGCGGAAGUGCUGCGCUUGAUCAUUUGAAUUGCAGUGCGAGGAUGGAGAAUGGAGCAGAUUACCCCGUCGGCGCGCGCAUCGCCUUCUCAACCACUCUGGGGGAGGACUUCGAGGGGGAGCUUAUACUGCACGAUCGCAACUCUCGGACGCUUGUGCUCCAGGAAAUUGGCAGCAGUGGGAGUAAGCGCAGUCUGAGGUUUCUGAAGACAAGCUGCGUCAGGGACUGGAAGCAAGUGGGGCAAGGGGGGGACCUGCCGGACUUGCGGAACCUGAGGGUGGACCAGACGCUGGUGCAGCAAAGAGAGGAGGCAGCCAUCAAGCAAGCGGAGCUUGAUGCGGGGAGGAUCGGGGUUGGCGUCUCUGACGAGGGACAGGACAUCUUUGAUGCCCUGGGUAAAACGUUGCCCGUCCGGUGGGAGAAGACCGUGAUCGUGGUCCUGGACGAGGUGCGAAUAAGCGGUCCGUACCGGCCGGAGAACGCGUCGGGGGGCAAUGCACAGAGCUUGGAGCGGGUGCGAAAAGUGUUGGAGCAGUUGCGACGGCAGUUCCCAGUGUCAUCAUCAUGACCACGAAAACUGCUUAAGUUUCUGAUGUUUGAAUGAUGAACAAGAAAGUCCAUAUCUGAGCUGGGAUGUUUUCGAAUUUCUGUAACUGCCUGUCUCGGAAGAGCAAGUGUUCUGCGGAGGCAGCUCUGUCAUGUGGCCGUACAUCUUUUGGCAAUGUACGGCAAUGUCGGACCUGUGGAAUGCGGACUUGGAAGUUGUGCAAACAAGACCCGCAGCAUGAGGACACGGUUUGUCGUCUACCCGAAAGUUCAAGCGCAUGCUAGCAUG